UAGUUAAUCACUGAAAUACGCUAUACAAGGGACAGAAUGCGAGAAAUUGUUCAUAUUCAAGCUGGUCAGUGUGGCAAUCAAAUUGGAGCCAAGUUCUGGGAGGUGAUCAGUGAUGAACAUGGCAUUGAUCCUGAUGGGAACUACAUUGGCGACUCAGACCUACAGUUGGAAAGGAUAGCAGUCUACUACAAUGAGUCAUCCACCUCCAAAUAUGUUCCAAGAUCCAUCCUAGUGGACUUGGAGCCUGGCACCAUGGAUAGUGUCCGCUCUGGGGCUUUUGGACACCUUUUCAGGCCUGACAACUUCAUUUUUGGUCAGAGUGGGGCAGGUAAUAACUGGGCUAAAGGACACUAUACAGAAGGAGCAGAGCUGGUGGACUCAGUGUUGGAAGUGGUGAGGAAAGAGUGUGAAAACUGUGACUGCCUGCAAGGUUUCCAGCUCACACACUCCCUGGGUGGAGGCACAGGGUCUGGCAUGGGCACCCUACUCAUCAGUAAAGUUAGGGAGGAGUUCCCUGACCGCAUCAUGAACACCUUCAGCGUGGUGCCAUCACCCAAAGUCUCCGACACUGUGGUGGAACCUUACAACGCCACGUUAUCCAUUCACCAGCUGCUGGAGAACACAGACGAGACAUACUGCAUAGACAAUGAGGCGCUUUAUGACAUCUGCUUCCGCACUCUCAAGCUGGCUACACCCACCUAUGGAGAUCUGAACCACCUAGUGUCAGCCACCAUGAGUGGUGUCACAACCUCUCUGCGUUUCCCAGGCCAACUCAACGCUGACCUCCGCAAGCUUGCUGUCAACAUGGUCCCAUUCCCUCGCCUGCACUUCUUCAUGCCAGGCUUUGCCCCUCUGACAGCCAGGGGCAGCCAGCAGUACCGUCCUCUUACUGUGCCUGAACUCACCAAACAGAUGUUUGACGCUAAAAACAUGAUGGCUGCCUGUGAUCCGCGUCAUGGCCGGUAUCUCACUGCAGCGACGGUCUUCCGAGGCCGCAUGUCCAUGAAGGAAGUGGAUGAGCAGAUGCUUGCCAUUCAGACCAAGAACAGCAGCUACUUUGUUGAGUGGAUUCCCAACAAUGUGAAGGUGGCUGUCUGUGAUAUUCCACCCAGGGGCCUGAAGAUGUCUUCAACAUUCAUUGGCAACAACACAGCCAUCCAGGAGCUGUUCAAGCGCAUUUCUGAGCAGUUCUCUGCCAUGUUUCGCCGCAAGGCUUUCCUCCACUGGUACACGGGUGAGGGCAUGGAUGAGAUGGAGUUCACUGAGGCGGAGAGCAACAUGAAUGACCUGGUGUCUGAGUACCAGCAGUACCAGGAUGCCACUGCAGAGGAUGAAGGAGAGAUGUAUGAGGAUGAGGAUGAAGAAUCUGAGGCCCAAGUCCAGAAAUGA